UUUGUCCGGAUAACUGUAAUAAAGAAUGCGAUAGAAUCACCGGAGUAUGCAACGAAUGCAAAACUGGAUACUACUAUGCCUUUUGUGAUAAAAGUUGUCCGCAAAACUGUAAGGGAGGUAUUUGUAACCAGACCAACGGGCAUUGCAAAGAAUGCCAAGCUAGAUACCACGGUGCGCAUUGUGAUAAAAUGUGUCCACAUGACUGCAAUGACAACUUCUGUAUCCAGACCAAUGGAUACUGUGCCGUUAUUGUACAGACCAGGCGUCUCUCGAUGAAGCACAGAGACAACACGGGACCUAUUCAGAUGUCCGACAUCUUACAACAAGCCAAACGACACGAGUUAAAGGCAGAUAUAGAUGGUCCUUAUGAAGUUGUAGACACUAAAAAUGGGAGGCAAAUUUCCAAGAGUACCACAGCUGACGAAAAUUAUGAAAAACUUGAUUCCCUGACUAGGACCGUCCCUAACAUGUACGAUACCGUAGGGAUAUCUGCGGAUGCUGGAUCAUAAAUGCAGUGAGGAACGAUUAUUUCUGUUACCGUAUUACUAGC